AUGGAGAAGGCCACGGCUCUGUAUCGGGACGUGCUGGGGGCCACAGUGAGUGAUAAGGUGCCCCUGCCUGAGCACGGCGUCUACACGGUGUUUGUGGAGCUCGGCAACACUAAACUGGAGCUGCUCCAUCCUCUGGGGGAGAAGAGCCCGAUCGCUGGAUUCCUACAGAAGAACAAGUCCGGAGGGAUGCAUCACAUUUGUAUUGAGGUGGACGACAUAAACGCUGCCAUAGCUGACCUGAAAGCAAAGAACAUCAGAACUCUGUCAGCAGAGCCUCGGAUAGGUGCUCAUGGGAAACCAGUGAUGUUCCUUCAUCCUAAAGACUGUGACGGUGUGCUGGUGGAGCUUGAAGAAGCGUGA